CGUUUUUGGUUGACCCAGUCCAGUCCCUUGUUCCCGCUUCUCACAAGGCGGCAACCACCUGAGGAGCUACGGUGCGUGCAGUGCCACAGCCGCCCAUUUCAAGGUCUACGCAAUCCCUCUUCCUUUCCAUUACCCCCUCCACCCCAGAACCUAAUCUGUACUCCAACCUUUCAUCAUCAUCAUCCUGAACUCGACAAGCAAACAACAACAAGUAGCCUGCAAAUAAAUUAUCACUUUCCCUUUGCUGUUUCCCCGAACAGCAACUCCGACGCAUCAAUAUCCUCACCGACAACAACAAACAAACAAGUCUCAAUCAACCGCCGCCAUGCGCUCCAAGUUCAAGGACGAGCACCCCUUCGAGAAGCGCAAGGCUGAAGCCGAGCGCAUUCGCCAGAAGUAUACCGACCGCAUUCCCGUCAUUUGCGAGAAGGUAGAAAAGUCGGACAUUGCCACCAUCGACAAGAAGAAGUACCUGGUUCCGGCCGACCUGACUGUGGGCCAGUUCGUCUACGUGAUCCGCAAGCGCAUCAAGCUGUCUCCCGAGAAGGCCAUCUUCAUCUUCGUCCAGGACACCCUGCCGCCGACCGCCGCACUCAUGUCGAGCAUCUACGAGUUACACAAGGACGAGGACGGAUUCCUGUACAUCACCUACUCCGGCGAGAACACCUUCGGCGACCUGUUUGAGGAAGUCGAGUGAGCUUGCUCACCCGGCCGGGGCAAAUCGUCUGUCGACGCGGAGUGGAUACCAGAACCCAGUCCAGCCACGAAUCGAAUGGACUUUGGGAGGGACUCACACCGCUUGUUUCCUGUUUUUGUUUGCCUCUGAUGGACCGUUUUUCGACUUGCUGAUUUGGCGUUAAAGAGGGGUUUUUCUAUUAUUGACAUGCUGGAUUGGGACUUGGGACUUCUAUGUGCUUGUUUUUUUACUUCUUUUUUAUCAUUGCCUGUUGUACGGCAGUCAGUCACCCCCUGGGGAGCGGUGAGAGGCAGGAAACCACAGGGGGUUUGCAUGUGCGCAUCCUCCAAUAUCUCGCGCUCGGAUUGCCACGGUCACAAGUGGCAAAUACGAUCGAGAUAUUGACGAGGGCACGCGCACACUGUAUUUCCUGAAGUUUGGAACCGUGCCGCGAGGGAAGGAAAUGGACACUUAUGAUGGAAAUAGAAUUCCUUUGCUCCCCAGGCUGAUGCAGCCUUUCCCGACUCUCCCCGAGGACCUGAGAUAUUUGGACCCUUCCCAAGACUGGAUGCACACAUGAAGUGGGAGGACGUGAAGCUUUGUAGGAGCGGAAGCCAAUUUCUCAGUGAUCGAAUCUACUGCGGUUGUGUCUCCCCUACAUAUGCAUUACAAUUCUUCGGUUCGGCCAUCAUUCCAGCAUGUUUCCCCAUGUUAAAAUUUGCCUACAUUCGAUUUUUGCUAUCAAGUCAGAUCCAAUCUAGUCUAGACUGUGACUUUUCUCAAACAGGGGUGAAAACUGAC